CUCAUUGGGGACGCAGAGCACGGAGUCCAGCGGACUGACGGGUAAAGCGGAGGAUGUCAGAGGAAAGUCAAGCCUGGGACCGACGUGAGGAGUGAGAGGCUGAGGGUUUGGGCUGAUCGAUCCCCUGCAGUCAUUGAGAGAGGACGCCUGGAGCUGCGGGGCUCCGCGCAGAUGGACAGGGUUACAUUUCAGCUCAUCAAAGCCAUGUUAACGUCGCUCGUCCGCACUUGCGUGGCUCUGUCCGGAGCUGCGCCUUAAUCUCAGCGCAAGCCCUCGUUUCCGACGCGCUGUAGCCGGGCCGAGCUCAGGGGGUGCGCACCGGGGACCCGCCGCCGUCUCCGCAGGAUGGCCGCCCGCCGCGGCUGCGUGAACUCGCUGUGGUCGGGCACCGAGCGGGUCCGCAUCGGAGAGCGGCUCAAGGCGACGCUGGCGGGCGUGCUGGAGCUGGAGGUGCUCCGGCGCCGGCAGCUGGAGAUGGUGGACGCCGCGCUGAGGGAGCGAGCGCCCGGGGAGCCGCGGGCGGAGGAGGCGGACAGCGCCGCCUCGGACACCGAGCGUGGCUCUGCGCCACCCCGCAGGCAACAGGCUGGCUCCCCAUCAAACACAAUGGGGUCAGGCUGUCAGAGCAGCCCAGAGGAGUGUCUCAGUAACUCGGGGGAUGUGGCCGCGCAGUCUUCAUCUGUCAGGGGGAGUAACUCCAGGUGGUCCACUCUGUCCUGGGACGCCUCCUCCGACCUGCUCUCCCCUCCAACCCCGGACUCCGGCGGCGUGGUCCACCUGGACAGCGACUCCAGACCCAGUUCAGGUUUCUACUCUGUGAGUGGGAGCUCUCUGUCGGACUCCUGCUACUCCGUGUCCAGUGAAGCCGCCCAUGUGGGACCAGUGGCCCCUGGCAGACCCCCAAAGCCAUGGGAGCAGGUCCCGGCUUCUGCUGACAACACUGACCUCCUGUGGUCAGAAGGUGCGGUGCAGCAGCAGCAGCCUGCCCCGGAUAUCAGCCAAGAGGACCCAGAACCGAUAGAAGAACCACCUCAACCAGCUUCAGAUGAUCCAGCUGCAGAGGACCAGGAUGCCACUGGCCUCAGCUUUCUGUCCGACCUUUGCACGGUGGUCGGCGACUCCCUGGUUUCCUUCAUCAUCCCCCUCCUGAAUCCCUCUGCUUCCCCCUCCUCUGUGCGUCUAAAGCCCCAGUUGGACCCCUGCUACUGCACGGACCUGGUGUCGCGUCGAACCAAAGAGGUCUACUCCUAUCCGAGCCCGCUGCACGCCGUGGCCCUCCAGAGCCCGCUCUUUACCUCCCUGAGCCAGGAACAAUCAACCUCCACUACUUCUGAAGGAGCCCAGGACAAUGAGCUGCUGGAGGCAAACCCUGAAGGAGCCGAUCCUCUCCAGCCUCAGCAGCCUUCCUCUCUGGCCUCCGUCACCCACCUGGAGCAGUACAUCACUCGGCUGGCCUGUCAGUACCACAAGCGGGUAAACUCUUCCACCUCCGACCUCAUUUCAGCAGCUGCUCCUGCUCCAGUCCUGCAAAAUACUCCUGGCAAAAGUCAUGGCUCCACCCAAUCUCUGUCUGCCUUUGAGAGCCGUAAUACACCCUCCUCCCAGCCAGGGGGCAACGUCACUCCCUGUAAGUCCCUGCUGGGAAACUCGGCCAGGGUCAGCCUCAGCGCUGCGGGGAAGAAGGGCCUCAGGAACUCCAUCAACCUGGGCAACCUUCCUUCGGCAACCGGAGAAGACUUGAGCAUCAACCUGCAUCUCAACCUCAACUUGAACCUGGCCCCUGGGUUGAACUCCAGCCGUGGCCCCGCCGACACGCCCAAACCCAGCAGCUGUGGAGCCAAAAAGAGCGACCCCAACUUGGCUCCAGCCGCCUCUUUUACUCCUCUGUCCUCCGCCACGCCCACCCCAGGAGUCAGGUCUCGUUCCCGGAUCUCAACCUGCCCGGGCAGCCUGAGCCACCGCAGCUCCCUGGAAGUCCCGCCGAGUUCUGGAGCCAGUCCCGGGUUUGGGUCGUCGUCUUUCUGCCGCUCGUUGGAUUGGAGUACCGGCGCGCCCCCCGAGGCGGGGCCGCCGCCGGCGUUUGUGUCAAACGCGGGCUCCGCUCCUGGAUCUCAGCGCGGCAGCUUAAUCCAAGAGCCCUGCUCCAGUCCCAAACUGAGCGAGGACUCCGCCAUGGUGGGGGAGAUCUCCCGCCUGUCUGGCCUGUCGCGGGCCGUGGUGGUCGGACUGAUGGAGCAGGGCGUGGAGCUGGAUAUAGACUGCUUCCAAACGGACGCCGCCGGUGGGGUGAGGGGCCACAGCAAAGCUCACCUGACGCCGCAGAGGGAUCCGUGCCACGACUACGGCAGGCUGGCGGAGGCCACCCCUCAGAGGCCCAUCCAGCUCUCCCUCAGCGUCACCCACUCCCCCCAGUCUCAGUGCAGCCUCACGCCUCCUCUCUCGCACUCCAACAGCCCCAUACACCCGUACCAGUCUGUCCACAUCCCCCCUCCUCACUACUCCUCACAAUGCCACUACCAGCACAUCCCUUCGCCGUCUGAGGUGCCCUCCUCCACAGCCUCCUCCCCGGCUUCGCACCCCACUCCAAGGGCUCACUCUCCUCCACGCCCCCUCAAGCCCUCCCCAAUGGGGGCCACCCCGCUCUCGGUUUUCCGACGGGAUUCGCCUUUCCAGUGCUCCUUGCCACACAACAACCGAACCUCCUCCUCCUCCUGGGAGCACGGAGGAAUCCAACCAAGAGGGGGGUCGCUCCGACAGAGCGAGGGUGGCAGCAGGUGGAAGAAGCUGGAGGGAGACGGGCUCUACCAAGGGAAACAUGCCUCCCAUAAGCUGGUUAGGGCUGCCACCGUGAGCAGCUACGCCAAGAGGGAGGAGCACAGCUCGGUCUGGGCCGAGGAGGGGGAGAAGGUGCGUUCGGCAGCCCACACGCCCAGGAAGUCCUCCGGCAAGCUGUGGAGGGGCUUCGAGGGGCGCCUCUGGGGGAAAGAGCCCGAGAGCGAAAAGGAGGAGAUGGACAGAGCCGAGUACGGAUACGGCUGGAGCAGGGGGAGCAGGGGGAGCUGGAGGAGGGAGCAGCGACGAGCCAAGGGAUCCUCCGGCUGUGCCGACAGGAAGCCAAAAGUGGACCACUCCCCCAUCUUCUCUAGAUCCAGAGGGAAAGAGGACGGGGAGAGACGCAGCUCCAGCCUCAGGCUUUCCAGGAGGGCUCUGUUCAGGAGUGAGUCCCAGGGGCUGCUCAUGCCCCGAAACCACAGGGAGGAGCUGGCAAAGAGGGGACACUGGGUCUCCUCCUUCGACGUGGCGCAGGGCGGCACGGGGACGGGCAGAGACGAGGGCGUCAGACUGCUGAGGUCCAAGGAGGACCAGCGGCUGUCCUCCACCGCCAGCCUCUUCAACCUCUCUCGCUCUCAGAGCCUGGAGGGCAGCUGCCAGUCGCUCUCCCCUCUGUCCUCGCCGUCGUUUUCCCCUUCGCCUCCUCCGCGGACGCCCCUGCAGCGCUCCCGCUCGCUGAGGGAUCUGGGGAGGAAGGUGUUCGGCUCCAUGAGGUCCCUGAGUCUCAAACGAAAGCCAUCCAAGAAGUGACACUCGGGACAGCGGCCGAACCUCACGUUACAGUCAAAACACCGGUUGUGCUUAGUAUCCUACCUGAUGUAAAAGGAAGUGCCAUUUAAUUGUGUUUCCUUUAAAGGUGCACCGACUUAAUCCGAGCAACCGGAUCUCUGAUACUGCCUUUAGGACCUACAUGGAAGAUCCCCUCUGGCACAUGACGUCUUUCCAACCUGCUAUCCAAUGUCUUCAUGGCUGACAGCAUUCCUUUCAGUAAUAAUUUGUUAAAUCUGAUCAAUCUAGCCACUUUUGAUAUCCUCAGAAAACUAAAGGGAAAGUGACAAACAUGCUAGUGAAACCCAGUUUGGAGACUUUGAAGCUCUGUGUUUUGUUUUUUUGGGACCCCUGGUGAGUAAAAGGUCUCAGAAUGAAUAAAACUAUUAUUGCAGCAGCAUCAUUUAGGCAUGCAAAUUUGAGAAUAUCCCAACCUUUAAGUUGAGGAAAGUAACUUUUGCCAACAGGAGAGCUCUUUGUCUUCUCCUGUUGGGGUUUAGACAGAACUUCGUCUUUGCACAAUCUCUCUGGAUCAGGGGUGUCCGAUGUGCAAAUGUAUUCAAGGAAGCUGCAUAUUUGUCCAGCCCAGGCGGCCGAUGCAGAUCGACUUCUUUUUUCCAAGUAGGGCAACAUUUUCGCUGACAAAUUGAAAUCUUACAAUGGAAAAACCAUAGGAGCAACACAAAGUAUCCAUCUUUUGAUAACCAUGCAGACAGGAGACAUGACCACAAAUACGCCGUACAGCCAAAUCUGCAUUUAAUUGAUUGGUUUUUGAAACUUGCCUAAAUAAAGCAACCGUUUCCAAACGAGGACUGACCCAAAUCCUGUUCUAGUUACUGAGAAUAGAAGGAGGAUAGUACCAGAACAGCACACAGAUCCAGUUAAAGUCCUGACAGACUUAGCAGGCAGGACAGAAAUGCUUUUUGUUUUUAAACCAACACAAAUCACAAAAUCUGAUUACUAUUAUAUCAACCUGGUCUCCCUAAGAUAGACUAGACUGUAUUACCAAGAUAAAACUGUCAUUGUCCAGCCCAUUGGCUAAAAAAAAUGAAUGGUCCUUUCAUGUCAGAAAAUGAUGGCCUUAUAAAAGGAAACAAAAUUUGCUUCGGUUAAAUUUACUCCAGAGGGAUCGUUAGGGGAGCCAACAACUCUGAUUUAGAGCUUCUGCAGGUUUCAUUAAGUAAAAAUGGAGACUUGUAAACCUUUUCUUAGAUGAAUACAGUCUCAUCGCACCAGAACAUCGUCCUCCAUACAGUUAGGGAGUCACCCAUGUGCCUUUAGGAAACUCAGUCUUAUUUUUAACAGUGAAUAAUGGCCUUUUUUCUGACCAAUCUUCCAUAAAGUCCAGCUCUUUGGGUUGUAGAGCCUGUUGUGUUCAUAUGGACACAUCCUCCAGUCUCUGCAGCUCCUCCAGGGUGAACUUUGGUCUCUGAGCCUCUUUGCUUAAUGCCCUCCUGGUCCGGUCUGAGUUCUGGUUGGCAGCUCUCUCUUAGCUUUGUUGCGGUACAACGUGCUUUCCAUUUGAAGAUGAUGGAGCUGAUGGCGCUCCGGGGGAAAACAGGAAAGACUUAGGAUAUUUUUUCUUACAUCUCUACCCAGACUUGGCAUGCUCCUUGGUCUUCAUGGUGUGAUGCUGCUUUGCUUAGUGGUGCUGCAGCAUCUGGGGCCUUUUUAGUAAAGCUGUGUCUAUACGGACAGGUCAUGUGACACCUAGAUUGCUACAUAUGGCCGAGCAAAUUUAGUUUUUUUUUUAUCUCACUUUACCAAUUUAAGACUAUCCUCUGCAGAUCCAUCACAUAAAAUAAGAUUUAAAAAAAGUUAAUUACAGCCUGGAAUGUAACAAAAUAUGUAAAGACCCAAAGGAGGGUUGAAUACAAGGCACCGUGUUUAAGGAUGAUUUACAAAAUGCUCCAUAACUUAACCCAAUUGUUUAGUAACAUAAAUCAGGCUUACAAAUCAGCACAAGCAAGGCGGGUAAAGCGUUAUCGUUAUAACUUGGUGUUUCCAUCUCUGGCAUGGGAAGCCAAAGCUUUUACACCAAGGUUACCAGACUUCUUCAAAUUCCUGUUUUUUGAAGCCAGAUCUCAUUAAACACACAUUUGUAAUAGUAAAGGAGCUUUUAGCAGAUCAUUUACGAAAACAUUCUGACCGCCUAAACAUGCAAAAAUUCUGUUUAAGGAGCAUAAACUUGCUUAUUAAAAACAAAAGGUUAAAGAAAGGUUUAUAAAUGUAAAACAAUUGAAUGUAAUUUCAGACAUAGGAUCUGAACAUAUUUCAGACUUUGGAUUUAUUUGGAACAUUACACUGAGGACUCUGCAGAAACCUUGUAAAAAUUAUGGAUUUCUUCUCCACUGAAUAAUGUACUCAACCUAAAGCUUGGGGUUUUUCCAUAUUUGUUCCUUUUUGUAUAGGACUGUGCUGCUGCAAUAAAGGAUUCAUUUACACAUCUUUACCAAAUGUCCAUCUAAUUGAAAACAUAAAGCAAUGGAAGAUAAACUAUUUUAAAAUCCGUCUGUUUUUCUAGAGUUUUUGGAUGUUUCAAAAGAUCAGUCAGAUAAAAAAAAAAAAAAAAUCUACUCUGGGAGGCUUUCGUGGCUGUUUUAUCGUACUGAAUAUUAACUCAUUACUGGCUAUAAAAAGCUUAGUUGCGUAACGCUCCUGUAACCAUGAGAAUGAAUGUGUGCGCACAUAGUCCCCGCUCUGCAUGCUGCUCCGUGACUCGUUCAGUGAUGAUGGCUGUGGUGAGAAUGUCAUAUUCUUCUUUAAUUGUCGGCAAUACAGCCUCUGAAGUACAAUCAUAUUGGCCAGACGAUGACCAAAACCAGGCAAAUACUCUUUAACUUGAUAUUUUGCUCAGGACUUUGAAAUGAAUACUGAAUUAUUAAAGUAAAGAAGAGUUGUAUGAGAAUAAUUUGUGGCUUAUGACAAAUAAAAGAAAGCUGAUGAA